GCCUAUUCGCAAAUUAAGGAAAAUUGGCUAUAACUUUUGGUUAAUGUGGCCGAUUCAUCUAAAAUUUUCAGGAUAUGCCACAAAACUCUUCCCUCGCAAUGUAAGAGGGUUAUUAUGCAUGCUGUCAUCAAUCAAGUGACGGUGGGAAAAUCGACGAUGAUUUUCGUGAAAAAAACAAAACAAAAUUUGUCUGAAUCUUUGAAAAACGAAAUUUAGUAACAAACACACACCUUUCAACAAAUUUCGACAAAUAUUUCCAAUUACGUCAUUAAUCAUUAUAACGAGUCAAGUUAUUACCGAACUCGUAGCGCACUAUAAUGAGUCCCGUUAUCCCAUCUACCGAGCUGUAGCGAACGAUAAGGAGACUCGUUAUCAAAUCUACCGAACCCGUAGCGCAUCAUAACAAGUCAAGUUAUGCCAUCCACCGAACCCGUAGCGCACUAUAACGAUUUAAGUUUUCCCUUCUACCGAACCCAUAGCGCACAUGUACAGUUAGUGUUAGUGGUAUACAAUUUGCUUUGUUUUGUCGCUUACAGUAUAAUUUCGAAGUUUUUGAUUUGCAGGCGUUAUUCACAAAAAUAUCGUCCAUUUUUCCCACGGUCACGGGAUUUUAAAUGACUUGUCUAACUGGGUUUAACGUGGUCUAGCGGGGUUUAACGUGGUCUAACGGGGUUUAACGUUGUCUAACGCGGUCUUACGUGGUCUAACGGGGUUUAACGUUGUCUAACGGGGUUUAACGUGGUCUAACGGGUGGCCUAACGAGUACGGUACACCACUAUAAUCGGUAAUAUCGGUACCUACUUACCUGUUGUUAUAUGAAUACACUGCAGUACAAAAUAAUAUACCAUAUAUGAAGUACCUAGCCUUGUGGUGCAUCCGCUGACCCAUAAACUGUAGUCGUGUUUUGUCCGGCGUGCCACAUUCUAAAACAAAACACGAGUCUGGCUCUGUUUUGAUGUCCCUCUUAUUUUUACUCUACCCUCAGAUUUACUAGAGACUCCGUAGUAUAAAACGAAGGAGUCUCCCAAACUCGACCGUUUACAUAGUUGUUACGUAACCUCUCCUGCUCUCCUGUCACAAGAACAUAGACUAAGUCACAUGCGUAUUACCCUAACAAGACUACAGAAGGGCAUUGUAACCAUGGCAACAAGCAAAACACAGAAAACCGUCAUUUGCCUCCUUAGGAAUGACCUCCGUUACCAUGACAAUGAGGCCUUGCUCUGGGCACACAAGAAUGCAGAUUUUGUCCUACCACUGUACUGCUUUGACCCGGAUCAUUAUAAGACAACAUGGCGCUUUUCUCUCCCCAAGACAGCUCAAUACAGGGCUAAGUUUUUACUGGAGAGUGUGACGGAUCUUCGAAGUACACUUCAGAUACAUGGCAGUAAUCUCAUCAUCAGACAGUGCCAACCGCUGGAGGCAGUCACUAAGCUGACUGAGCUGUUAAAACCAGUGGCCCCAGUAACAAGUAUUGUAUUCCAGCAAGAAGUCACUUAUGAAGAACUAAAUGUUGAGAAAGCACUUGUUGAGUUUUGCAAGAAGUCUGGAAUUCAUAUGCAUACCAUCUGGGGCUCAACUCUCUUCCACAAAGAUGACAUUCCAUACAAGGCUAAAACAGUUCCAGAUACUUAUACACAAUUCAGGAAGGGAGUAGAGAAUCAAUCAACAGUAAGAAAUCUUAUUGAUAUGCCUAAGAAUCUCAAGCCACUACCACCUGUCAAAGGAGAACUUGGGACAAUUCCAGAUUUAAAGUCUCUUUUGAAUGAUUCAGAGAUCAAAGAGGUGGACCAAAGGUCUGCAUUCCCCUUCAUGGGAGGUGAGCAAGAAGCAUUGUCUCGUCUAGGUAGCUAUCUGUGGGGAACAGAUAGUGUAGCCAAGUAUAAAGAAACCAGGAAUGGUCUCCUUGGGGAGAACUACUCUACCAAGCUCAGCCCAUGGUUGGCAAAUGGGAGCCUUUCACCUCGUAUGGUCUACCAUAGAAUCAAACAGUACGAAGAAGAGCGGGUAGCAAACCACUCCACAUACUGGGUCCUUUUUGAACUCAUUUGGAGAGACUAUUUUAAGUUUGUUUGCUUGAAAUAUGGAGACAGAGUGUUCUACAGAUCAGGGAUCAUGGGAAAGUCAUUGCCAUGGAAACAUGAUAAGAUGACUUUUAAGUUAUGGUGCGAAGGAAAGACUGGGGUGCCUUUUGUUGAUGCAAACAUGAGGGAACUGAAGGAGACAGGCUGGAUGUCAAACCGUGGAAGGCAGAAUGUAGCAAGCUUCCUGAUAAAGGAUCUAGGACUUGACUGGCGAUAUGGAGCAGAAUGGUUUGAAUCUCUUCUAUUAGAUCAUGAUGUCUGCUCAAACUAUGGCAACUGGAACUAUGCCGCAGGUAUUGGUAAUGAUCCAAGAGAGGGCCGCAAGUUUAACAUGGUCAAGCAGGGGCUUGAUUAUGAUCCUGAUGGUGAUUACAUAAAGACAUGGGUACCAGAACUAGCAAAGAUCCCUGGAGCAAAAGUCCAUGUUCCCUGGACACUAAAACCAGGAGAACUGAGGUCUUCAGGUGUUGAACUAGGAGUUACCUAUCCCAACCCAAUAGUCAUAGCCCCUGAAUGGGCGCGGCACACCAGUAAGACCAUAUCUGGGAAGAAGCCAUCCAACUUUAAUCCCAGACAAAAGGGGGUGGACUUUUAUUUCAAGUCCGCUAAUAAUGGACCAAGUGGUUCAAGAUGAUUGAGAUAGCUAUCUAUUAGCUUUUUAUGCUCUCACUCAAGAUAAGCCAGAUGGCUUGCAAACAUGUUUUUCAGAAACUUAUUGAGCAUAUUGUACAGAAAAGCUGGAUUAGCUUAGCUUAGUCAAAAUUUCCUUACCAAUAAUCUCUUAUAAGGGAAUGGUCAUUAUUUAUCUGGGGAGGGCUGAGAAGUUGAAUUUUUUUCUUCAAAAAUUUCAACCCUCCCUCAAUCUAAAGCACACAUAUGGUAAACCUCCCCCAAAAAGGCGACCAAAAAUUUAGGCCCUCCCUCAAUCUAAAGCACACAAAUGGUGACCCUCCCCCAAAAAGGCGACCAAAAAUUUAGGCCCUCCCUCAAUCUAAAGCACACAAAUGGUGACCCUCCCCCAAAAAGGUGACCAAAAAUUUAGGCCCUCCCUCAAUCGAAAGCACACAAAUGGUGACCCUCCCCCAAAAAGGCGACCAAAAAUUUAGGCCCUCCCUCAAUCUAAAGCACACAAAUGGUGAACCUCCCCCAAAAAGGCGACCAAAAAUUAAGGCCCUCCCUCAAUCUAAAGCACACAAAUGGUGAACCUCCCCCAAAAAGGCGACCAAAAAUUAAGGCCCUCCUGCAAUCUAAAGAACACAAAUGAUGAACCUCCCCCAAAAAGGUGACCAAAAAUUUUGGCCCUCCACCAUAACAAAAAAAAAAAAGAUAAAAAAAGCAUAUUGGUAGGUUAAUUGAAAUUAUUAGAUGCCCUAUGUUUGGCACCUUCCAGGAGCACCAGAAAAUUAUAUAACUGUAUGAGUGCAGAGCCCACAAAUAAAAUUGAAUUUUUUUUUCAAA